AACCGGAAGGGGAGGGCCUUCGCCGCCAUGGCAGCCCGUGGGGUCGUGGGCAUUUUUCUCCUCUCUGCGCUCCCCCUCUUGUGCCUGGAGUUCCGGCGUGGGUUUCCGGACCUAGGAAUUAAAGAUAUAAUUUUGCUGUGUGGCCGGAUUUUCUUACUACUUGCUCUUCUUACUUUAAUUAUUUCUGUGACUACCUCAUGGCUUAACUCAUUUAAAUCUUCCCAAGUUUAUCUGAAAGAAGAAGAAGAGAAGAAUGAGCAAAGGCAAAAACUUGUGAGAAAAAAACAACAAGAGGCACAGAGUGAAAAGGCCAGCAGAUACAUAGAGAAUGUUCUAAAACCUCACCAGGAAAUGAAAUUGAAAAAACUAGAAGAGCGCUUUUAUCGAAUGACGGGUGAAACCUGGAAGUUAAGCAAUGGUCAUAAACUUGGGGGUGACGAAGACUUGGUGCUUGAAAAUGAGAGUCAGGCAUCUUUUGAAACAUCAAACAGAAGAGCAGCAAACAGACGGAACUUGCCUAAGCCUUCAACCAAAGUUUCACCAACCAGAGUUUCACCACCUGCUGAACAGCCCACGCAAAAGGAGGUUCCAGAUUUACCUGAAGAACCUUCUGAAACAGCUGAAGAAGUAGUUACUGUUGCUCUCCGGUGUCCACGUGGAAGUGUCCUGAGGAGAAGGUUUCUUAAGUCUUGUAGUUCACAGGUUCUAUUUGACUGGAUGAUGAACAUUGGGUACGACACAUCCCUGUACAGCCUUUCCACUUCCUUUCCUAGGCGGCCUCUGGAAGUGGAGGGAGGCUGGUCACUGCAGGACAUAGGAAUAACCGUGGACACUGUCCUCAAUGUGGAAGAAAAAGAGUCAAGCAGCUAGAAACGAGAACUACCUGUUCUACAUAAAAUCAGUUAUGUCAUGACCUUACAGGACACGGAAGGAUCCACAUGAAAAUUAAGCCGCACCUCGACUGAGCCCAAGGCAGUAUACGCCUUGAUGCUGAGACCCAUGGGAGUACAUGGACAGGGAGGGUUAGGAAAGGAGUGCUCUCUGCGUAACACUUUUUGGAGUGUGCCAUUUUAUAAUGUACCAAGUGAGAACUAGGUAAAAAUGUGCACAAUAAGGCACUCUGUUUAUUUUUUCUCCUAGCUGAUACCAUUUAUCAGUAUGUUGGAAAACAAAGCCAUUUGCCUCUUCAAUCCAUCAUAAUCACACUAUAUUUCAUAAUCCAGUGAAACUCUUCACAGUCUUAGAAGUAGGAAUCUUUAUUCUGCUGUAUUUAUAG